AUGCAAGACGAUAAGGUAGUUGCUUAUGUAUCUCAUCAACUCAAGACUCAUAAGCCUAAUUAUCCGACACAUGAUUUGGAGUUGGCUACAAUUGUCUUUACAUUAAAGAUCUGGAGGCAUUAUCUGUACGGUGAGAAGUGUGCCAUCUAUAGUGAUCACAAGAACCUCAAAAUUGAGUAUCACCCUGGUAAGGCUAAUGUGGUGCCUGAUGCGUUAAGUCGUAGGGCUAUGACCGAUCUGAGGGCCAUGUUCGCUCGACUGAGCCUUUAUGAUGAUGGGAGUCUCUUGGCUGAGUUGCAGGUUAGAUCGACGUGGAUGGAUCAGAUUAAGGAUAAACAAUUAGGAGAUAAGUCUCUUGAGUUGCAAUUUCGUCAAAUUGAGGCUAGAACUACUACUGAUUUUAGGAUUGAUAAUGAAGGGUACUGUGUUUUUGAGCGCUCUGAUCCCACGCAUUUUGUACCUGUGGAGGAGAUUGAGGUUAGACCAGAUCUGACGUUCGAGAAUGAGCCAGUUCAAAUUGUAGAUCGUGAUGUUAAGGUUCUGCGUAGGAAGUCCAUUCCUUUCGUAAAGGUGUUGUGGCAGAAUCAUAGUACUGAGGAGGCUACUUGA